UGGACGAAAGGGAGGGAUUUAAUGAGCCUGACGCUAUUUUUGUAUCGUUGGAGUUUAAACUUUGCCACCUAGUAGGAAAAAAAAAAAAAGAAGAGGUUUUGACUGGACAGACGGACCAGAGACUGGAGAAGAAAAUAACCGUACUCAACUUCGCGGCAAGGAAAACCUUUUUUGGGGAUUGGAAACAAUUGGCUAAACCGAAUCAACACUGGAGAACGCUGCCAGGAGUGGUCAUGGCCUGCCCCAAUCUUGAUGGCGUGGAGUUGCUGGAUCUCCUCUUUGAUGGGCAGGACGGAGUCCUUCGCAAUGUGGAGCUGGGAUCCUCAGAGGCCCCUUGGAUGGCCCAAGAAGGCAGGGAUUUGCUGAACCCUCAAGAGAACGAAGACUUCAUCAACUCCAUCUUAGGAGCGGCAAACACUGUCCUUGACUCUCCGAGCUGGUCUCCAGCUGCCAGUGACAGUGGCAUAUCUGAGGAUCGAAACUCUGAUCAGCUAGACAGCCCUCCACAUUACCUUCCAACUGGGAGUCCAGAGGCCUACUCCGAUGGUGACCAGGCCUACGCACCAUGCCAGGACACCUGCCAAGCCUUACCUGUCCUAAAAGGACCAACCACCGAGCUGAGAGAGAUGGACAUCUCCAUAGACUUCAAUAUGUGGGCUGCUGGUUUUUAUCCAGAGGAGAGGCAAAUAACCGAUGCCGCCCAUCAAAACCCACCCUCUUGCAUGCUCACAAUUAAGGAUCUGCUGCUUUCCAACAACUCUGAAAUGCACCAGCAGGCUAUCAACUCCUCGAUGGUGAGACAAGCCCCAGGCACCUGUCAGGAGCUGGUGCUGACCGAGGAUGAGAAAAAACUGCUGGCUAAGGAAGGGGUGAUGCUUCCUACCCAGCUGCCUCUCACCAAGUAUGAGGAACGCGUUCUCAAGAAGAUCCGUCGAAAGAUCCGGAACAAACAAUCCGCUCAGGAAAGUCGCAAGAAACGGAAGGAAUACAUCGAUGGUUUAGAAAGCCGGAUGUCGGCUUGCACAGCUCAAAAUCAGGAGCUCCAGCGAAAAGUGGUUCACCUGGAGAAGCAGAACUUGUCUCUUCUGCAGCAGCUCAAGAAACUCCAGGGCAUCGUGAUGCAAUCCAGCGGCAAAGCUGCACAAACCAGCACCUGCGUGGCGGUCUUGCUUCUCUCCUUUGCGCUGAUCAUCUUCCCGUCUAUCGGGCCUUUCACCCGCAACAAAGCCGAGACCUCAGGUGACUUCGUACCUGUGCGAGUUUUUUCUAGGUCCCUCAACAACGACGCAUCGUCCAGAAUCGCCAACGUCCUGAGCAAGGAGGCCGAACAGAGCGCCAAGGAGAGCAUCUGGAAGGAGCCAGCUCUCGGGGCUCACAGCGAAGACGAGGCCGCCAGCCCUCUGAUCAGAGACCUCGUGAGGCCUCAGAAGCAGGGAGAGACCCCGGCAGGCAACCACACCGAGGAGGUCUUCGCAGAAGGCGGUCCACCUGCCCCUUUGGAAGGACUCCGGCCUGAGCUUCCCUACGCAGGCCCCAAUGUGACCUCGGUGGCAUGGACUGAAUCGGAGCAGCCUGGAAAUGGGGUCUUGGAACAGACGGAGGAGCUGUGACCUUCCGUCCGGCUGCUUCCUCUCCCUCGCUGGGCUCCCUGGGGACUAAGCCAGGAAGGGGAGGCUGUGUGCAUGUUGUGUGUGUGCAGCAGGACUGCGUCUCUCCUACUCAGGGGGACGGGGAAAAUGAGGAUGAGAGUCACAGCGUGAGAGAGCAAGGGGGGGCCUGAAUCCUCUCGGGGUAUUUGGGGACCCCCCUGAGAAAGACUAGCCGAGCCCCAAUUCCCCUCUUCCAUUUUUAAAUUGGGGGGGGGGAGGAAUUCUCCAGGAUGGUGGGGGUCACAAUAGUGUCAGGG